AUGAAUGGGCUAAAACUCACAACCCCAAGAUUAAGAGUUGUGUGCUCCAGGGGCGGAGGCGGCGGUGUUCCCGAGCAGGAGGACUCGGUGCUGUUCCGGCGCGGCACGGGCCAGAGUGAUGAUUCUGACAUUUGGGAUGAUACAGCAUUGAUAAAAGCUUAUGAUAAAGCUGUGGCUUCAUUUAAGCAUGCUCUAAAGAAUGGUGACAUUUCUGAAGCUUCAGAUAAACCAAAAGGCACACCUAAAAGAAAACCUGCUAAGAAGAAUAAAAGCCAAAAAAAGAAUACCACAACACCCCUGAAGCAGUGGAAAGUUGGUGACAAAUGUUCUGCCAUUUGGUCAGAAGAUGGCUGCGUUUACCCAGCUACCAUUGCCUCCAUUGAUUUUAAGAGAGAAACCUGCGUUGUGGUUUACACUGGCUAUGGAAAUAGGGAGGAGCAAAAUGUGUCUGAUCUACUUUCCCCAGCAUCUGAAGUAGAUAAUGAUCUAGAACAGAAUGCUCAGGAGAAUGAAAAUGAAAGUCAGAUUUCAACAGAUGAAAGUGAGAACUCCUCCAGGUCUCCUAGAAAUAAACCAAAUAAUGUCAAGUCAAAAGCUGCUUCGUGGAACUCUUUUCUCCCUCCACCACCCCCCAUGCCAGGAGCAGGCCUGGGAUCAGGAAAGCCUGGUCUAAAGUUCAAUGGCCCACCACCACCUCCACCACCACCACACUUCCUGUCAUGCUGGCUGCCUCCAUUUCCUUCUGGACCACCAGUAAUUCCCCCACCACCUCCCAUAUGUCCAGAUUCUUUUGAUGAUGCUGAUGCUUUGGGAAGUAUGUUAAUCUCUUGGUACAUGAGUGGCUAUCAUACUGGUUACUAUAUGGGUUUCAAACAAAACCAAAAAGAAGGACGGUGCUCACAUUUCAAUUAAGAAGUGCAGCUCUCUCCCAAGGAGAAUGCUAUUUUGAUGCGCCAUCAUCGAUGUGAAUAAAAUUUCAUGUUUUUCUUCAUGAA